UCCGUAUUACGUUGCUUUAGUUUGUGGUUAGUGUUGUUGUACUGAGGUUGUGUGUGUUGUUUAUUUAUUUGCGUGAUUAACUGUGAUAAUGCAUAUUAGUUUGAAGAAAUCCGUGGAAAUGAGAGAAAAACACUCGUGGAUGAUGACAGGCACAACAAUCUUCGCAUUCCUGAACGUUAUUUCGGCCAGCAUCGGAGUCCUAAUAUGCCUGAAUGUGCUGGCCAUGUACGUGUACGAAACGAUCACCCACACCGACAAGAUUGACACGUUCAUGUGGGCCGCGUGUGUCGGCACUAACUUCCUUGCCAUUGUGUCCUUGGUGUUCGCCGUGUUGCUGUAUCUUGGCAUCAACCGGAAAAAGCCGUGCUUCAUACUAGCCUACUGCAUCUUUGGAGUCAUCGUAGUAAUUUUAAUAUUCUGCGUACUAGUGCUCAUCCAUCAACAGAAAUAUUUGGGAAUAGAGAAGAAAUUACGAGAAGUUUUCUAUGAAUAUUAUGAGCCCGUUAUCUAUGCUACUGUUGGGAUGUGCGUUAUGUAUGCGUUAUUGCUUACUAUGAUCUGCCGGACCUGGGUUUUGAUGACAUCCUGGCCUUCAGGCGACCGAAGGAAACUUGUCAAUGAUUACUAUGAAUCCGACUGGAGAACCGAGUGAUGGUUAACUGCCUAAUUCACUGGAGAAGAAAUAAG